GGACCCGGAAAUAACACAGGAAUGUUGUGUGGAAGUGGGUGGGGACAGAAGGUUGCUUUUUUGGUAAAUGAAACUGUAACUGUUAGUCAACACGAGUAAUUGUCUGUUUCAAUCAGAGUAGCUGAUAUAACGAAUAUAUCGCCGACAGUAUGGCCGCACUGAGCAAUAAAUCUGACCAAGAAAUCAAGGACCUGCUGGAUGAGUAUGGAAUUAAGCAUGGGCCUGUCGUUGACACUACAAGACCACUGUAUGAGAAGAAGCUGAAAGAAGCCAUGGCCAAAGCCAAGGUCACUGUGACAAAACCAUCCCCAGACAGAACCUUCUACAGAGAAGACCAGGAAGAAGUCACCUACGUUACCUGUCAGACACCAGUUAGAAAUGAGGGGCCUUCUGGAGAUGGGAAACCCUACAUGAGGUCAAGACCAGAGUACAGCGAGAGGGACCGGGUGGAUGCUAAACCCUAUUCAAGACCAGAGUACAGUGAGAGGAACCGGGUGGAUGACAAACCCUAUUCAAGAUCAAAACCAGAGUACAGCGAGAGGGACCGGGUGGAUGAUAAACCCUAUUCAAGACCAGAGUACAGUGAGAGGAACCGGGUGGAUGAUAAACCCUAUUCAAGAUCAAAACCAGAGUACAGAGAGAGGGACCGGGUGGAGGAUAAACUCUAUUCGAGAUCAAGACCAGAGUACAGCAGCGGAAGACAGUACAUUGAUGAGCCCCAUGUCUACAACACACCGUCGUCUUCAUCAUCCUACUCCAAACCAACGCCCGUGGUGAAGUCUGGAGGUGUCGUGAAGAAGGAAAACACGACGAGCUCUGGGAGACUGAUCCCUCUCUGGAUCCAGUUCCUGCUCUUCCUGAUCGUAGCCGGGUUCCUCUACUUCAUAUUCACUAACAUGGAGUCUGCAGAGAGUAGCCCCUUUAACAAAAUCCAAUGAUCAAAUUUACAAAUACAUGUCAAUCUGGGAUGUGUUCAUUAGGCAAGAAACGGUCCAAAAUGGGGAAGUACUAUUUGAACUUGCGCUAUAAGAAUCGCUUGUUUUUCUGUUGAACAAUGUUUUUAAAAUGUUCGAUUAACGUGUGUCCUAAUGAAUACGACCCAGUUUUCAUAUUUUACAAAUAUAUUAUGGCAUUUCCCAUGCCUGUUUUUAACUCUUUUUGCGUGUUCUUUAUAUAAGUCAGUCACUGACAUUGGGUUCUGGGAACUUUACUAUUGGUGAAAGGAAAGCAGUAACAUUUCCUCCUGUCCCAACUCCUAUUGUAGUUACUAGAUGGUGAUGUGUGUAUAUAGUGUUCUGUUUAUCAUAGAACUAUCUUAGGGUGCUUCUACUGUGGGUAAUAGUGAAGCCACUUUUACUCACAGUACUAUCUUCAUCUUCACAAAUGUAGAGAGCCCACGGCCCACAGUAAAUGUAUAUGAUACGGUUUAUUUGGUAAUGGCUAUUUGUGGAAAGGUCCUGACACAAUGAGCCAUCUAGUUGUAUAGUCUUGUUUAGUCAGCCAGAUGCAGUAUCCUCAUAUUCUCUCUGCAUUCUUGGGGGUAUACAGUAAUACAAAGCAGUACUGUAGCUUGAAAUGGGCAUGGGGAGUCUAAUUGACUCAACAACCAAAAACACAUCUAAGUUUUAACUGGAAAAUGUCUAGUUAUUUCUGGAAGUUAGCUGGCUAACUCAUGGAUCCUGCAUUGUAGUAUACCCCUCAGGAGAACCCCACCUGGCAUUAAAGUUCUAAAGGACAUUACAAUUCUAAAUGACGUCACAAAAUUCUAAAUACCGUUUUAAAGUUCUAAAUGACGUUUAAAAAUUCUAAAUGACUUUGCAAAAUUCCAUAGCCCCUCCCCCCGAUUUAAUUGUGGGGGACAAUACAGUUCUAAAUGAAGCGCCGUAGCAUUUUGAACUGUUAAUGAUUUCUAUCCAUACAUAUAUAGAAAUGUAAUUGCUGUGGUCGGUGUAUCGUCAUUUGUAAUGUGAGUUGUGGUUUUGUUAGAUGUACUCGUGUUAACGCCUGGCGUCACCACAUGACAUGCCACAGCUUUUUAUUUUUCUACACCUGCAGUAUCAUUUGUAAUAGUAACUUUUUAAAGUUUUCAGACACUUGGUCUGUUUUAUCAGAGGAGAUCACUUUGGUCACACAAGAAUGUAAGCACAGGCUGUGUCCUAUAUUGGCAAUAGGAUGCCAUUUUAGGACAGACUCAGUUUACAAAUGAAAAUACUUUCAGCAGGACAGUAACUGUUAACAUAGAUUUUUCUGACUGUUCAGAUAUAUUUUGUAUCCAGCCAUUGAGUCAUUCAUAGGAUUCUCCAACUUUAAAAUAAAUGUUUUUAUAUCAA